AGACCGACUGUGGCGGGCCCCACCGCGUUCGUCGUUCCACCCCGGCCAGCCCUCCUCCCCCGCGGCCCCUUCUGUCGCCGGCGGCGAGGGGAGACCAGCCAGCAAGCCAGCGAGAUGACGGUGGCGGCGGGGGCGGGCUACGCGCUCAUCGCGCUGGGCCCCGCCUUCUCCCUCUUCGCCGGCGUCAUCGCCCGGAAGCCCUUCCUCGUCCUCACCCUCCUCUCCAGCACGUUGUUUUGGCUUAUAAGCUUGAUCGUCCUCUCGGGAAUAUGGAGGGGGUUUCUUCCUCUAAAAUCAGGAGUGUGGUGGCCAUAUGUGAUUCUGAUCCUUACAUCUGUUGCUUUUCAAGAAGGCAUCCGUCUUGUCUUCUGGAGGCUUUACAAGAAAAUGGAAGAGAUGCUAGAUGCCUUUGCUGACAGAAUAUCUAAACCACGUCUCUGUUUGACAGACAAGAUGCUAAUCUCUUUGGCUGGUGGUUUAGGUCAUGGACUGGCUCAUGCGGUCUUUUUCUGCCUCAGCCUCCUAACUCCAGCAUUUGGUCAAGCAACGUUUUAUGUCGAGAGGUGCUCAAGGAUGCCAUUUUUCCUUGUGUCGGCAAUUAUUGCACUUGGAUUCUUGGUCAUCCAUACUUCCUCGAUGAUCAUUGCUUUUAAUGGAUAUGGAGAGAGAAAGAAGAGGGACCAAAUCUUUGCCCCAGUGGUUCACCUGAUUGCUGCUGUAAUGACACUGAUCAACCUUGUGUCAGGGGGUUGCCUCGUCGGCACACCUUUGCUGUGCGUGACGGCUGCGGUGACCUUGUACUACUCCUGGCAAGUGGUGGGGCAGAGAAUAACAGAGCACCAACGUCGACAGUCUUAACAGCUAGUAGCGCUUUGCCUUGUGCCCGUCCCAUCGCAUGGAGUUUCCCUGUUUGCUAAUCUUUGUACUAGGACAAACUGUAAUGUAGAUUUAGCGGUUUCGCCACUAGUGGACUCAUCACCGUAUGAAAGCCCAUGCGGCCGUGAGAUAUUGACUCCCUUAUGAAGUCAUGAUGGGUUGUAUAUGGUACUCAAUGAGAUGUUUUCAGUGCUAUCUGGUCAGGCAAGAGAUUGCCGUCAGAUUGGUGCUCGGUUCAAUUAAAUACUACUGCUAGUUAGUAAUCUA